ACCUGCGCCUGCAGCCGCGUGAUCUCGUCGCCCGCCACUGCAGCCACCUCAGGGCCACCUACAUAGACGGAUACACGCCCACUCCGACGAUGUCCAACAUCGUGUCCUCCCUGGUGGCGGCCAACGAGCAGGCGGUGGGCGGCGCGGCGCUGGCGGCGGCGCUGGACGCGCUGCGGGCGCCCGACCUACUGCGCGUCUCUCGCGACGAGUACUUCGUGUUCCUCACGCCACCCGGCGACCUCUACGACAAGAGCGUCGUGCCGGGCAAUGAUGACGGCAAGGAGAUGAAUUUGAAGCGCGAGAGCAAGGCGUACAGCUAUAAAGAGCAGCUGGAGGAGCUACAACUGCGCCGCGAGCUCGAGGAGAAGCGGCGCCGCGAGGGCCACGCUAAGCAGGUGCCGCUGAGCGCUAAACAAAAGGAAGCUAUUAAGUUGCAGCUGGCCAAGGAGAGCAUUAUUCGCGACCGGCUCACCGCGCUGAACGAUCGCGUGGUCGUGGCCGAGCAGCUGGUGAGCGCGGUGCAGGCGGGCUCGGCGUCUGCGGUGUGCCAGCAGGCUAGGCACUUGGUGUCCGCCGUGCUAGCUGCGUUGCGAAGCCCACUGGCCGCGCCGCGCCUCGCCCCGCUCUUCCUGCGCCUUCGCCCCGCCCUGCUGCCGAGACAUGCCCUGCUCGGUGACACCGUUGCACGCGUCGCACUCAGGUACGUACAUCCUUAGCACAAUAGCAAAUAUACACAGU